ACAACGCCAACGAUUGUGGAAUUAGUAGGUUUAUCUUUCCUGAAAAGGUUCUAGAUUUCGAGCUGAAACUAUCGGAGCAUGAAUGGGAAUCGUCUCGGUCUCGGAAACACCAUCGGUGACGCUGUUUCGAGGCUCAGAUUCUCUCCAGAGUCCAAUACCCUUCUGGUUUCUUCAUGGGAUUCUUAUCUCAGGUUGUACAAUGUUGAGAGAUCAGAGCUUAUUUCAGAAUUGCCCUCCGAGGCUGCUCUACUUGAUUGCUGUUUCGAGAAUGUGUCGACUUCUUUUAGCACCGGUUCUGAUGGAUGUAUCCGAAGGUAUGAUUUGAACGUUGGAACGAUUGAAACAAUUGGAAGACAUGAUGAUGUUGCAACAUCCAUUGUGUACUCGGGUGAAAAAGGUGAAGUCGUUUCUGCUGGUUUGGAUGAGAAGAUCAAAGUCUGGGAUGCACGACAAAGGAAGAGUCUUGUGUAUGCUACUUCUACAUGUGCAGCAGUGGGAUGCAUGGCAAUCUCUGGAUUCAACUUAGUAGUUUGCAUCGAAGCAUACAUGCUUAUAUACGAUCUGCGUAACUUACAACAACCCUUUCAAUCUUGUCCAUCGCAAGUCGAUGUUCCUAUCAGAUGCGUCACAUCCGUUCCUUGUUCCAGAGGAUAUGCAGUUGGGUCAGUGGAUGGACGAGUAGCAUUGGAUUUCGCGGAUACAGCAUCCUCCAGUGAGAUCAAAUAUACCUUUCGGUGUCAUCCAAAGUCCAAGAACGGAAAACUGUAUCUUGCUUCUGUAAACGGCAUUGAAUUCAAUCCAUGUGGCUCUGGGACUUUUGUCACUGGUGACAACGAGGGAUACGUUAUCGCAUGGGAUGCUCAAAGCAGAAGAAAACUCUUCGAGAUGCCAAGAUACCCGAAUAGCAUUGCAUCAUUGGCAUUUAACCACACUGGAGAGCUCGUGGCCAUUGCUUCGAGCCAUACUUAUCAGGAAGCUAAAGAAAAAGAAGAGCCUCCUCAAGUGUUCAUUCACAGGUGGUUGGACAGAGAAGGCGAGAGACCCUUAUCUAUUUUUUGUUCGGACACCAAGAAACAGUGAAGAGAAUUCGUUAUCCACUUGUUGUCUACGUUUGGUCACAUGGUUGACUUUGACUUGUACCUUCCUUUGGUCUUGUAUAAUGUAAAUCUAUGCUACUGUAGUUCACUCAAAACGCAGCGUUUCGAAUAAUAAGCAAUUCGACGCCGCACGUGUGGGACCGCGUCGUUUGCACGCGAUGACGAAGAUAUUUUUAUCAUCCCAAACAAAUCUGGCCGUACA